UUGGAUGGACAAAUGCACCUUUCCAAUACUGUCGAAAAUAGUCACGAAGAAACACAUCUGGAUAUGGUUUCAACAGAAAAUAGCAGUUACCAAGUCAAACAGUUGCCAAUGAACACCAAGACUGACUUGUGUAGGAUGACUCCCUCUUCCACAGGUGAACUUGAAACCAAUGAACAACAACUUCAAGGUGUUUCACAGUCUCAGUCGCCAGUUCAUCCGAUUCAAAAAGUACAAGCUUUUGUAUUAUAUGGUGUAACAGCUGCAGACGCCUUGGCUCUUAUGAUUUAUGUACCCCUAUUGACGGACUUUUGUAAAGAGCGCCUUCAUAUUUCAGAUUCUCGAGUAGGAGCUGCAGUUGGUAUUAUUAUGGGGUCCUAUAACUUGGCAAAUACCAUAUCGAGUCCCAAAAUAGGAGACCUUUCUGAUCAAUUCGGUAGAAGACCUUUGAUACUGUUUGGAGUUGCUAGUUCCAUUCUCUUUACUUCUUUGUUUCCUUUUGUGAGAAACUUUUAUUUAGCUGUGCUAAUAAGACUUGGUGCUGGUUUUUGCAAUUCCAAUAAUGCAGUUAGCAGAGCCUAUAUAUCAGACUUGACCAUUCAUGCCAGAGGAAUAGAAGAAGAAGCAGAAAGAGCUGCCUUAUUUGGAUAUUUAGGUGCAGUUUGGGCUUUGGCUCGUUCUAUUUCUUCUUCAACUGCAGGUCUUCUUACUGGUGUUCAUAUUAGAUUUCUUCCUUCUUUCAUUGCCGACAAUCCUUUUGCUACUCCUGGAAUAGCAGCAUCAACAUUUCUCAUUUUGAUAUUUAUUUUAGCCUUUUUCUUUUUAAAGGAGUCUCAUCCUUGUCCAAAAAAGUUACCUGGUUGGAAUAGAGUAGUUACUUAUCAUAGUUUGCCUAAUGAAACUGUGUUGGAAACUGAAAUGGAAACCAUGGACUCUGCUACGACGACAAUGGAUGCUUUGCCUUUAGAGAACAGUGAAGAAAAGGAUUCUUCCCAUAUACUUAUGACUACUACUCAUCAUGCUCGUUUUAUUUCCAAAUUGAUUUGUUUAUUUCAUUAUGGAGGUACCAUUUUGAUUCGACUUUUGAUAGCCAAUGCUUUACAUCAAUUUGCCAAUGGUUCCUUUUUAGUUGUUCUUGUGUUGUAUCUUUCAUUAGAAAUAUCUCGAGGAGGUGUUGGGUUGGAGCCUAGAGGAGUUGGUAUUGUUUAUGCUUAUUUUGGUUUGAUUGGAUUGCUAUUUCAGUUGAUUUGGUUUCGUAGUUGUGUGCGAAGAUGGGGUCUGAGACGUACUUAUCAAUUGGGAACAUUAUUAUUAGCAACUGGAUCAUUAACUGUAUUAUGUAGUACUUGGAUUGCAUCCUUUUAUACUAUCCACCAUUCUUCCAUCUUAUUUUGGCCUUUAUUGUUAUGUUUUGUAUCACCACAAGGAAUAGGGUUUAUGUGUGGUUUACCUGUAAUGGGAACUCUUUUAGCCAAUGCAUCUCCUCCUGAUAUUCAAGGUCUAUGUCAAGGAACUGCUCAGUCUUCAGGAAGUAUUGCUAGAACUUUAGGUCCCAUGUCUAGUGGUUUCCUAUUUAGUUGGGCAGUCGCUUCACAAAAUGGACCUUUUCCAGUAUUUUUGUUAUUAUCCUGUUGUUAUAUGAUUUGCUUUGGAAUUGCUUGUUCAUUAUCUGAAAGUAUUGAACAUGCAGUUCCUUCUUCUCAACGAGUGGAAUAAAAAUGAAUCUUGCCUUGUCUAUUCCAUAUAGCUAAUAAGGAUUGAUUGGGAUGGAUAGCCAUUCCUGUUAUUUGUUUCAUUUCGAUAUUCGUCUUCGUUGUGCAAUCCUCCCAGAAACGAUGAGUAUCUUUGUUCCACUUGUCUUCUACUUGUAGUUUCCAUGGAAUGCUAUACAAAUAACCAU